CCUCUAAGCCCCGCCUUCUUUAUUCGCCGCAGCCGCCGCCUGAAAAUGUGUCUGCUGCUUUCCCGAAGCACUGAUUUCAGCUCGUGCUCCCCUUUCCUGGCACAGCGCUUUGUAUUGUGACAGCUGUCCGGAGCCCGAGACAUGAAGCGUUUUCUUCUUCCUGCGUCUCAUCGGUAGUGGGGGGGUUUUCCUUGUCUGUGGUCGGAGUCCAUUUUCCUGGAUGUAUUGGAUUGCUAUGAAUGAAGCCUGUUCUGUAGACGAAAUGGGUGAUGUUCGUUAAGAAGCCCGUGCUCGGUGACGAGGGACAAAGGUUAUAAUAAGACAGCAUCGUGUGAGAGAGAAAGGCUGGGCAGCUUUCCUUUGCUUCGAGCGAUCCUUCUUCAGCAUGAGUAAUUCUAGCAGCCUCAACCCAUGUGUCCCGGUCAGCUCCAAUGCCAUAGCUGCAGGCAGCAGCGACAGCACCCGGGAAGGAAUGGAGGAGACAGCCAAGGACUCGGCAGACAUUACCGCUUUCUACAGAUCUGGCCUUCAAAGAAAUGAUGGCUUGAAAGCAGUGGAAGUAUUGCCCAUUUUAAAAGAAAAAGUUGCAUACCUGUCUGGAGGCAGAGAUAAACGAGGGGGUCCAAUUUUAACAUUUCCAGCGCGAACCAAUCAUGACAGAAUAAGACAAGAGGAUCUCAGAAGGCUCAUAUCAUAUCUGGCUUGCAUACCAAGCGAAGAGGUUUGCAAAAGAGGUUUCACAGUAAUUGUAGAUAUGCGUGGCUCUAAGUGGGAUUCCAUUAAACCAUUACUGAAGAUUUUACAAGAAUCCUUUCCUUGUUGUAUUCAUGUUGCACUAAUAAUAAAGCCAGACAAUUUUUGGCAGAAGCAAAGAACUAAUUUUGGAAGUUCCAAAUUUGAGUUUGAGACUAGCUUGGUAUCUUUGGAAGGCCUCACCAAAGUUGUUGAUCCCUCCCAGCUAACUCCCGAAUUUGACGGUUGCUUGGAGUAUAACCAUGAAGAAUGGAUAGAGAUCAGGGUGGCAUUUGAAGAUUUUAUUACCAAUGCUACCCACAUGCUUUCUCGACUAGAUGAGCUGCAGGAAAUGCUUGCUAAUAAAGAAUUGCCGCAAGACUUGGAAGGUGCCAGGAGUAUGAUUGAGGCACAUUCUCAGUUAAAAAAAAGGGUUACAAAGGCACCAAUUGAAGAUCUUGAUAAUGAAGGACAGAUGCUUCUGCAAAGAAUUCAGAACAGUGAAAGUUUUCCCAAGAAAAAUUCAAGUUCUGGCAAUGCUGACCUUCAGAAUUUCUUACCCAAAGUUUCUACCAUGUUGGACAGGCUUCAUUCUACAAGGCACCAUCUACAUCAAGUGUGGCAGCAGCGAAAGUUGAAAUUGGACCAGUGCUUUCAACUAAGAUUAUUUGAACAAGAUGCUGAGAAGAUCUACUACCUGAUGCUUGGUGCAGCUGACCACCCUCAAUCCAAGAUGUUUGAUUGGAUAACACAUAAUAAAGGUUUGUUUUUAACAAGCUACACGGAUAUUGGCAUCAGUCACAAUCAAGCUAUGGAUCUUCAGACGCAACACAACCAUUUUGCUAUGAAUUGCAUGAAUGUUUAUGUGAAUAUCAAUCGAAUUGUGUCAGUUGCCAAUCGUCUUGUGGAAUCUGGGCACUACGCCUCACAACAAAUAAAACAGAUUGCCAGUCAGCUGGAACAAGAAUGGAAGAUGUUUGCGGCAGCUUUAGAUGAGAGAAGUGCUUUACUCGAGAUGUCUGCAAAAUUUCACCAAAAAGCUGAGAAGUAUAUGAGCAAUGUUGAUUCAUGGUGUAAAGCUUGUGGUAAGGUAGACCUCCCAUCUGAACUGCAAGACUUGGAAGAUGCUAUACAUCAUCAUCAAGGCAUAUAUGAACAUAUCACACUGGCUUAUUCUGAGGUUAGCCAAGAUGGAAAAUCACUGCUUGACAAACUUCAGCGUCCUUUAUCUCCCAGUAGCUCUGAUUCCUUAACUGCUACAGCUAAUUACUCUAAGGCUGUGCACCAUGUCUUGGAUGUUAUUCAUGAAGUUCUCCACCAUCAAAGACAACUGGAGAAUAUCUGGCAACAUCGGAAAGUUCGAUUACAUCAAAGAUUACAGCUAUGUGUUUUUCAGCAAGAUGUUCAACAGGUGUUGGAUUGGAUUGAAAAUCACGGCGAAGCAUUUCUAAGUAAGCACACUGGUGUAGGAAAAUCUCUUCACAGAGCAAGAGCUUUGCAGAAACGUCAUGAAGAUUUUGAAGAAGUUGCUCAGAAUACAUAUACCAAUGCAGACAAGCUGCUGGAAGCUGCUGAGCAGUUGGCACAGACCGGAGAAUGUGACCCAGAAGAAAUUUAUCAAGCAGCCCAUCAGUUAGAAGAUAGAAUUCAAGAUUUUGUAAGACGGGUGGAACAUCGAAAGAUUUUAUUAGAUAUGUCUGUGUCUCUUCACUCUCAUGUAAAAGAGCUGUGGGCUUGGCUGGAAGACCUCCAGAAGGAACUGCUAGAUGAUGUAUAUGCAGAGUCGGUGGAAGCUGUUCAGGAUUUAAUUAAGCGCUUUGGACAGCAGCAGCAGACAACACUCCAGUUUACUGUGAAUAUUAUAAAAGAAGGGGAAGACCUAAUUCAACAACUACGGGAUUCAGCUAUUUCCAGUAACAAGACCCCACACAAUAGCUCUAUCAAUCAUAUAGAGAGCAUUCUUCAGCAGCUGGAUGAAGCCCAAUCACAGAUGGAGGAGCUUUUUCAAGAGAGAAAAAUUAAGCUGGAACUUUUUUUGCAACUGCGUGUAUUUGAAAGAGAUGCUAUUGAUAUAAUCUCUGAUCUAGAAUCUUGGAAUGAUGAACUUUCUUUACAAAUGAAUGAUUUUGACACAGAGGAUCUUACACUUGCAGAACAAAGACUGCAGCAUCAUGCUGACAAAGCCCUAACCAUGAAUAACUUGACUUUUGAUGUCAUCCACCAAGGACAAGAACUGUUGCAAUAUGUCAAUGAGGUCCAAUCUUCAGGAGUUGAUCUUCUUUGUGAUAGAGAUGUGGAUAUGGCAACAAGAGUGCAAGAUUUGCUUGAGUUCCUCCAUGAGAAACAGCAGGAUUUGGACUUGUCAGCUGAACAGCACCGAAAACACCUAGAACAGUGUGUUCAACUUCGUCAUCUUCAAGCUGAAGUUAAACAGGUACUGGGUUGGAUCCGUAAUGGAGAAUCUAUGCUUAAUGCUGGGCUCAUUACAGCCAGCUCACUACAGGAAGCAGAACAACUUCAAAGGGAACAUGAACAAUUCCAGCAUGCAAUAGAGAAAACACACCAAAGUGCCCUGCAGGUGCAGCAGAAAGCAGAGGCUUUGCUACAAGCCAACCAUUAUGAUAUGGAUAUGAUCAGGGAUUGUGCAGAAAAAGUAGCCUCUCAUUGGCAACAGUUGAUGUUAAAAAUGGAAGACAGACUGAAACUUGUAAAUGCCUCUGUGGCCUUCUAUAAAACCUCUGAACAGGUAUGUAGUGUUCUAGAAAGCCUUGAGCAAGAGUACAAGAGAGAAGAAGAUUGGUGUGGCGGUGCUGACAAACUUGGGCCAAAUUCGGAAACUGACCAUGUGACUCCUAUGAUUAGCAAGCACCUUGAACAAAAAGAGGCCUUCCUAAAGGCUUGUACGCUGGCUCGAAGGAAUGCUGAUGUCUUUUUGAAAUAUCUACACAGGAAUAGCGUAAACAUGCCAGGAAUGGUUUCACAUGUUAAAGCUCCAGAACAGCAAGUAAAAAAUAUCUUAAAUGAAUUGUUUCAAAGAGAAAACCGGGUACUUCAUUAUUGGACUCUUAGGAAAAGAAGACUAGACCAUUGCCAACAAUAUGUUGUAUUUGAAAGGAGUGCUAAACAGGCUCUUGAGUGGAUCCAGGAUAAUGGGGAAUUCUAUCUCUCCACUCAUAUGUCGACUGGUUCUACUAUUCAACAUACCCAAGAGCUGUUAAAGGAACAUGAAGAAUUUCAAAUCACAGCUAAGCAAACUAGAGAGCGGGUAAAAUUGUUAAUACAACUAGCUGAUGGCUUUUGUGAAAAAGGACAUGCACAUUCAUCAGAAAUUAAAAAAUGCAUCACAGUUGUGGAUAAAAGGUAUAGAGAUUUCUCUCUACGUAUGGAGAAAUAUCGUACCUCAUUGGAAAAAGCUCUUGGAAUUUAUUCGGAUUCCAACAAGUCGAGUAAAAGUUUGCAGUUGGACAUUAUUCCUGGUGGUACACCAGGAUGCGAAGUAAAGCUUCGCGAAGCUACACAUGAACUCAAUGAAGAAAAGAGAAAAUCUGCCCGUAGGAAAGAGUAUAUUAUGGCUGAACUUAUUCAAACAGAAAAGACCUAUGUAAGAGAUCUGCGGGAAUGUUUGGAUACAUACCUAUGGGAAAUGACAAGUGGCGUUGAAGACCUUCCACCUGGUAUAGCAAAUAAGGAGCACAUUAUUUUUGGGAACAUGCAGGACAUUUAUGAGUUUCAUAACAAUAUUUUUCUAAAAGAACUUGAAAAAUAUGAGCAGCUACCUGAAGAUGUAGGACACUGCUUUGUGACAUGGGCCGAUAAAUUUCAGAUGUAUGUGUCUUAUUGCAAAAAUAAACCAGAUUCCACCCAAGUGAUCUUGGAACAAUCAGGAUCUUAUUUUGAUGAAAUUCAACAACGCCAUGAAUUAGCAAACUCUAUUUCCUCUUACCUUAUUAAGCCAGUACAAAGAAUCACAAAGUAUCAACUGUUGUUGAAGGAGCUGUUGACAUGCUGUGAAGAAGGCAAAGGAGAAAUAAAAGAUGGACUAGAAGUGAUGCUUAGUGUUCCAAAACGAGCAAAUGAUGCCAUGCAUCUUAGCAUGUUAGAAGGAUUUGAUGAGAACAUUGAAUCUCAGGGAGAGUUGAUUUUACAAGAAUCCUUCCAAGUGUGGGAUCCUAAAACCUUAAUACGGAAAGGCCGUGAAAGACAUUUGUUUCUUUUUGAAAUGUCUCUUGUCUUCAGUAAAGAAGUGAAAGAUUCCAGUGGAAGAAGCAAGUAUAUUUACAAGAUGAAAUUAUAUACCUCUGAAUUAGGUGUCACAGAACACGUGGAAGGAGACCCAUGUAAAUUUGCACUUUGGGUUGGAAGAACGCCAACAUCCGAUAACAAAAUUGUCCUUAAGGGAUCCAGCAUCGAGAACAAACAGGACUGGAUAAAACAUAUAAGAGAAGUAAUACAAGACAGAACUAUUCAUUUAAGAGGUGCUUUGAAAGAGCCAAUUCAUAUACCGAAGGCCGUAUCAACUAAACAAAAGGCUGUCAAACGGGAUGGUGAAGACUUGGACAGUCAGGGAGAUGGCAGUCAACCUGAUACAAUUUCAAUAGCAUCUAGAACUUCACAAAAUACACUAGACAGUGAUAAGCUUUCUGGUGGGUGUGAGCUGACUGUGGUCAUCCAGGAUUUCACUGCUUGUAACAGUAAUGAAUUGACAAUACGACGGGGACAGACUGUUGAAAUUUUAGAGAAACAACACGACCGAUCUGAAUGGUGUUUGGUCCGGACCACUGACAAGUCGCCAGCCACAGAAGGCUUAGUUCCCUGUAGCUCACUUUGCAUUGCACACUCAAGGAGCAGCAUGGAAAUGGAAGGCAUUUUUAAUCACAAAGACUACUCUGGUAAUGAUGCAAGUCCACCAUCUUCAGUCAAUUCCCUCCAACCUCAUGUAAUUGGUACACAGAGUUCACCAGGCCCAAAGCGUCCUGGUAAUACUUUGAGAAAAUGGCUAACAAGCCCUGUAAGGCGGCUUAGCAGUGGAAAAGCUGAUGGCCAUGUGAAAAAAUUGGCCCAUAAACACAAAAAAAGUAGAGAUGUGCGCAAAAACACUGAUUCUAGCUACCAAAAGGACUCUGACGACAGUGCUGCAACACCACAGGAUGAGACGAUUGAUGAGCGCGUGCGAAACGAAGGACUUAGUAGUGGCACUCUUUCUAAAUCAUCAUCAUCAGGCAUGCAAAGCUGUGGAGAAGAAGAGAGUGAAGAAGGACCUGAUGCUGUCCCACUCCCACCACCUAUGGCUAUUCAGCAGCACAGCCUCCUCCAAGCUGAUUCACAAGAUGACAAGAUGCCUCGGUUACUGGUACGUCCUACUAGUUCUGAAACUCCAAGUGCAGCUGAACUUGUCAGUGCUAUUGAAGAACUUGUUAAAAGUAAAAUGGCUCUAGAAGAUCGUCCAAGUUUUCUUCAAGUAGAUCAGGGAGACAGUAGCAGUCCCUCAUUUAAUCCUUCAGACACUUCUCUCCUGUCUUCAUCUUCUCCCAUCGAUGAAAUAGAAGAAAAGAAAUCCAGCUUCUUAAAGCGACGGCAUUAUGUGCUACAAGAACUAGUCGAUACAGAGCGAGAUUAUGUGCGGGACCUCAGUUACGUGGUUGAGGGAUAUAUGGCGCUUAUGAAAGAAGAUGGAGUUCCUGAUGACAUGAAAGGAAAGGAUAAGAUUGUUUUUGGAAAUAUUCAUCAAAUAUACGACUGGCACAGAGAGUUCUUUUUGGGAGAGCUAGAGAAAUGUUUGCAAGACCCAGAAAGGCUGCCGGUGUUGUUUGUGAAGCAUGAGAGGCGGCUACAUAUGUAUAUUGUUUACUGUCAAAAUAAACCAAAGUCCGAACAUAUUGUUUCAGAAUAUAUUGACACGUAUUUUGAGGACUUGAAACAACGCCUGGGUCAUCAUCUUCAAAUAUCAGAUUUACUAAUGAAGCCAGUGCAAAGAAUAAUGAGAUACCAGCUACUUUUAAAGGAAUUCCUAAAAUAUUCCAGAAAAGCUUGUGUUGAUGUUGCGGAAUUGGAGAAAGCUGUUGAAGUCAUGUCCAUUGUUCCAAAACGGUGCAAUGAUGUAAUGAACGUUGGACGCCUGCAAGGGUUUGAUCAGGGCAAAAUUUUAGCUCAAGGAAAGCUUUUGCUUCAAGAUACAUUUCUAGUCUCAGAUCAAGGCACAGGACUUUUACCAUGCUGUAAAGAAAGACGGGUGUUUCUUUUUGAACAAAUUGUUAUCUUCAGUGAGCCCUUAGAUAAAAAGAGAGGAUACUGUUUGCCAGGCUUUCUGUUUAGAAAUAGUAUCAAGGUUAAUUGCCUGAGUUUGGAGGAAUGUAUUGAUAAUGAUCCUUGCAAGUUUGCUCUUCUAUCAAGAUCUACAGAUUCCACUGAAAUGUAUAUUAUGAAUGCUACAUCUCCUGCUGUUAGACAGUUAUGGAUCCAUGAAAUCAACCAAAUGUUGGAGAAUCAGCUCAACUUCCUCAAUGCCUUGACAUCACCAGGGGAAUACCACAGAAACCAAAUGGGUGGAAGCAAUAGCGGUAAUAUCCCAUCCACCAGUGGACCUACCUGCACUAGUGGACUAAGUACCUCUGGUCGAAGUAGGCCUUCCCGAAUUCCCCAGCCUGUCAGACAUCACUCACCUGCUCUGGUUUCGUCUUCUGCAAUAGCAGAGGCAGACAAAUUGUCAGGUAUGUUUGUUCGUAGCGCUUCAGUGUCACCACUAAGCUACUCUUUAGACCUUACACCUUCUAUUGCAGACAAAGUUCUUUCAGGUUCAGAGACAAGCGUCUGUAAUAAAGGAUGUUUAUCUGAAAUAAGGACAUUUGAUGGCAGCAAGAAACUUACCAGUGGAUUAGCAAAUGGCCUUCAGAGAAAGUUCUGUGAGAACACUGAGGAAUGUCGGCUUGCAUUAGCGAAGAAAAUGAAUAAUGCUACAGCAUCUUUUAACUCCCAUAGUUCAUUUAACUUUCCAUUGUCUUUUGGCAAGGACUCUACUACAUCCAGCAACCCUUUUCUUAAAGGCUCUUUUUGGAGCUCAGUACAAGUAUCCUCAGCUAGUCGUUCUGGUUCAAUUACUUUUCCUGGUGAUACCCUGCAACACAAAGGUCUUCGUCAGUCCACACACAAGGAUUCAGACCGUCUCAGCACAUGCUCCUCAACCAGUGAGCAAUCAGUUCAAUCCACUCAGAGUAAUGGGAGUGAAAGUAGCAGCAGUAGCAAUAUCUCCACCAUGUUGGUGACACGGGAUUACACAGCAGUGAAGGAGGAUGAAAUUAAUGUCUACCAAGGAGAGGUGGUUCAAAUUUUGGCAAGCAACCAGCAGAGCAUGUUUCUGGUGUUCCGAGCUGCCACCGAUGAUUGCCCUGCAGCUGAAGGCUGGAUUCCAAGUUAUGUCCUAGGCCAUACAAGUUCUGCCCCCACUGAUAUGUUUGAUGGGACAAUGAAGUGGGUAGUUGGCUAAGAAAGGUAGCAAUAAAAGUAAAUGUUUUAUUUAUGUUUGAGUGAUAAUGCAAAAAUAUUGUACAUAUGUGGUAAUAACCUGCUAUUUAAACAUUCAGAAUAUUUGCAGACAAGCACCUUAUGGAUGUUUGUUGUCUUUUUGCUUAUACUGAUUUUAAGUAAUGUUGCAAAGAACUUUCUGUACAACAAGGGCAAAUAAAAUUGAAUAAUUACAAAUGGAAUGCAAGCCCCCAUUAGUUUAAAUGAUUAUUGAAAUGGCAUUUUCCAAUAAAAACAAUCAAACCUG